AUUUUAUUCAUGAUAAGAAAUUUAACUGAAUUAACUAUAAUCAGUUUUCGUCAUCACGACGUCCGUGGAUCAAGUUACAGAAAAUGGAUCGUAUCUUUGUAGAAGGAUAUUUAAUUUGAUUUUGUUGAGUUAUAUCAUCGCUUAUUAUCGACUAAAUGCAGCUAGAAAGGAUACAUUAUUUUGUGAUUAGUAACGAAUUUGAAUUUGAAAAUUGCAUGAUGACAAAAUUGCUUUCAGCGAACUUGAUAAUCACAAUUAAUAAUCCACAACGUGACGAUUAUGUGAACGGAAACGAAAUAGAAUUCAAGAACUUCAUGAUCUUAAAGUGAACCGUCAUGAAAUUGUAUUAUUGAAUCCAAAACAAAGUAAAUUCAUCAAUGUGCUUUAGUAACGUUGUAUACAACAACCCUGGAUAACAUAAUGAUGAGUUGGUUUUCCACAAAAGUUUCCGAACACUUGAUACAAAUUUCAAAACGUAUAAUCGUUACUACGGUUGAACAUAACCUUUUUAUAUAACUUUGCUUUCCUUUUAUUUAGCUCCCAAUACCAGACGGAGUGACAUCUUUCACAAUUCAUGGACUUUGGCCUCAAAUUUAUCCAGACAUAACUCCGAAUUGCACACCGACCGUAAUAUUCAAUGCAACACUUUUAGAUGGAAUUCCAAUUUAAUAAACACGGACAGUGUGCAGUUCAAGAUCCUAAAAUACAAGGCGUCUAUGGUUACUUCAAAACUGCUCUUGAAGUUUAUAACAAAACAGAUCUUUUGAACACACUGAGACGCCAUAACAUCGUUCCAAGCAAUCGAACAUUGUAUAAUCUAACAUACUUCCAAAAGAUAAUGAAGAUAGAAUACGGUUUUCCAGCUCUGAUAAUAUGCAGGCAAGGCCGCGGGAAAGGUGCC